AUGUGGCGCUGUGUUGCCAACGCUCUACCGGUGGCAACUGCGCUGAGAAGUCGGGCCAUUGAUGUUGAUCCCAUGUGUAGGAGAUGUGGAGCGAGCGAGGAAACGGUGGAACAUGCGAUUCGUGACUGUAACUGGACGGAGUUUCUGUGGGCUGUUUCACCGCUCAGAAUUCAACCUGUUAUACAGGACGAGUUUUGUUCCAUUGUGGAUUGGUUUGAAAGCAUCCGUAGGUGUCCCCAACAAGAAACCCACGCGGCUUUUGCAACCUUGGCUUGGGCUGCUUGGUUUGCAAGAAACCUCUAUCUUUUCCAACAAAAAGAACUUAGUCACGUGGAGUGUAUUCAAAUCGCCCAGAGAGCAAGGUGGUCACCUUCAGUCACUUCCCAGUCGAAACAAAAGAGGGCUCUAAAAGUCGAGUGCACCAGGACAGGGCAAGUCAAAAUCUCGAGUGAUGCUGCUCUCGGUGGUGGUCAGUUUAUCGGAAUUGGAGCGGUGUUGACGGAGGCUUCUGGCUCGGUGCUUGGUUGCAGAUUUGGGGUUUGUACGGGAGUGUUCAAAGUGGUUGAAGGGGAAGCUAUCGCCAUGCUGGAGGGGCUCAAUCUAUGCAGGGAACGGGGUGUCGAGGACAUUAUCGCCGAGAAGGACAAUCAAGAACUGUACUGGUUGCUGGUUCAAAAGGAGACUGAUCUCUCUUAUCUUGGAGACACUUUGCAGAAAAUUCAUGAUCUUAAGGCGUCUUUCCGCUGUGCUUGUUUUAGCUGGACUCCUCGGGAAGGGAAUUCAAAUGCUGAUCGUCUUGCUGCUUUUGCGUUUAGUAAUCCUAAGCCAAUGUCUUCUGUUAUGGCUUUUCCGUAUGAUGUAAACAACUCUAUUUCUCUUUAA